AAAAUAAUGAUAAUAAUUGAACAAAAACUUAUGUAUAAAUGGCGUUCAAAUGAUUUGAUCGAUAGUUAGCAUUGAAUGUGAUUUAAAUGAUAUCUAAUUAAAAAUAUUUAACACUUGAUUAUUGUGACCAAAAUUACCGAAACACUUGUAGUGUUGGACAACAAUGCGGACAUUUGGUGAGCGACCGACGGCUUUCCAGUUGGAAGAGAAUGGAGAUUAUUAUUACAUCGGAUCUGAAGUCGGUAACUAUAUGCGGAUGUUUAGAGGAUCUCUCUAUAAGAGGUAUCCUUCGUUAUGGCGCCGAUUGGUUAGCGUUGAAGAGAGAAAACGUUUAAAUACAUUAGGAUUGGGUCCGCACUCGUUGGCCACUAAUAUAACACUUCUUAAGUCAUCAGAAGUGGAUGAGAUCUUUGAGGGAAGGGAUGAAAAAUAUAAAGCAAUUUCCAUCAGUUCAGAGCCAUCUGUUCAAAGAGAGAGCAAAUCAAAGCGAUCCAAUUGGAUCCCGACGUUACCAAACAGUUCCCAUCAUUUGGAUGCCGUUCCCUGUUCGACACCAAUCAGUCGAAGCCGUAUAUCACACAAAAAGGUGCGAACCUUUCCCCUUCUGUACGAUGACUUGGAUCCGUCACUCAUUCACGAGAAUGCCUCUCAAUCUGAGGUUUUGGUUCCCAUCAGACUUGAUAUGGAGAUUGAAGGACACAAACUUAGGGAUACAUUCACUUGGAAUAAGAAUGAGCAAACUAUAACUCCGGAACAAUUUGCAGAAGUUCUUUGUGAUGAUCUCGAUCUGCCCCCACUCUCCUUUGUUCCGGCUAUUUCUCAAUCAAUUCGUCAACAGAUUGAGGCCUUUCCUACAGAUAAUCUUUUGGAAGAUUCAACCGAUCAAAGAGUGGUUUUAAAGCUUAAUAUACAUGUCGGUAAUAUAUCACUUGUGGAUCAGUUUGAGUGGGAUAUGUCCGAGAAGGACAAUACACCCGAACAGUUUGCUCUUAAACUGUGUUCUGAGUUAGGCUUAGGCGGAGAGUUUGUCACUGCUAUUGCUUAUAGCAUUAGAGGACAGUUGUCUUGGCAUCAAAGGACAUAUGCUUUCAGUGAGGCGCCGUUAUCUCAAGUAAAUGUUCCAUUCCGUAACCCAUCGGAAGCUGACCAAUGGUGUCCAUUCCUUGAGACACUAACUGAUGCCGAAAUGGAGAAGAAGAUCCGCGAUCAGGACCGCAAUACUAGAAGAAUGAGAAGACUGGCCAAUACAGCGCCGUCCUGAAUGCCUCACAAAAUGAAAUCAUAAUUUAGAAGCUUUUCAUUAUAAUUAUGCUUUUAGUCAAUGAGUUUGCAUUCAUUAUUACCACAACUUCCUAAUAUUCAUUCAUUGCAAUCAAAUAAUUCAUUCAUUCGCUGCCAUUAAUACAUGAUAUCGAUUAAGACUUGACAUUGCAAUCAUUGAAACAAUCAUUUUGUAAGUACCGGUAAUCCUAACUCUUUGCAAAUCCUUUAUAUUUAAAUGUUUGCUUCAAAUCAUUUGCUUUCAAAUCAUUUUUAUUUGUCUAUCAUUAACAUAAUAAUUAAAUUAUUUCAUUUUGGGAACUAAUUAUUGUAUUGUAUUUUUAACUAAAUAUGUUUACAAAUUUAAUUCAAUUGAAAUCAUAUGUAUUUAUAAAUCUAUUAUUAUUUCUAAUUAAGGUA